UGUUUAUGAUGGCAGCAAGAGGCACAACAGCUAUAAAUAAAUGAGAGAGACAGACCGGGGGCACAGCCGGGGGGAGCUGCUGAGGACUGAGGUAGGGGAAAGAAGAGAAGAGAAGCAAGCAACACCAACAGCAACACGCAAGGAGUGGAGGACUCUUCAAGGUCUGGAGAGUGGAGAGGAAGAGGAAUCCUCCUCAGUCCUCACCUUCAGAUUUCAGAACACAGGCAAUCGGCCCUAGCUGCAAUCCAACAAGAUGGGCAUGCCUCUGCUGCUGCUGCUGCUGAUCCUCGUCGCUGCUGGCCCCCAGGCAGGCAGAGCUGCAAAGCCAAUCCCAAAUCUCCAGCUCAUGACCAAGGAGGGCGGCAGUUCAAGAAUCAUCCAGGUUAUGCCUUUCUAUUUCAAUUCGUUCUUCUCACCUUAUUGUAUUUUCUUAUUUACUCAUGACAUAUCAUUCAAUGGUAUUUUGUUGUCACAGGACGACAUCAUAAAGGCAAUCAACAAGCAUCCCAAUGCUGGCUGGACGGCUGCACGGAAUCCAUACUUUGCAAACUAUACUGUAAAUAACAACACCCUCCUGUUGUUGUUUUCUUUUUUUUUUUUGCGGGGACACCUUCCUGUUGUUGUUAGUAUUGCAUACAUCAAAACAUUUAUCUCAUGCUUGUUCGGUGGCCUCAAUAAUCCUCCUGUACAGACUGCGCAAUUCAAACAUAUCCUUGGAGUGAAGCCAACACCGCAUAGUGUGCUAAAUGAUGUCCCUGUCAAAACUUAUCCAAGAUCGCUGAUGCUUCCAAAGGAGUUUGAUGCCAGGUCUGCAUGGUCACAGUGUAACACAAUUGGGACCAUACUUGAUCAGGGUCACUGUGGCUCGUGUUGGGCAUUUGGUGCUGUGGAGUGUCUCCAGGAUCGUUUCUGCAUUCAUUUCAACAUGAACAUUUCGCUAUCUGUCAAUGACCUAGUGGCAUGCUGCGGUUUCAUGUGCGGCGAUGGUUGUGAUGGAGGCUAUCCUAUCAUGGCAUGGCGCUACUUUGUUCGGAAUGGUGUUGUUACCGAUGAGUGCGAUCCAUACUUUGAUCAGGUCGGUUGUAAGCAUCCAGGAUGCGAACCUGCUUAUCCUACGCCAGUGUGCGAGAAGAAAUGCAAGGUGCAGAACCAAGUUUGGCUGGAAAAGAAGCAUUUCAGUGUCAAUGCAUACAGAGUAAAUUCUGAUCCACAUGACAUAAUGGCAGAGGUCUACCAAAAUGGCCCUGUAGAAGUUGCUUUCACCGUUUAUGAGGAUUUUGCACACUACAAAUCAGGAGUAUACAAGCACAUCACAGGUGGCAUGAUGGGUGGUCAUGCUGUCAAGUUGAUUGGAUGGGGAACCACGGAUGCUGGCGAGGAUUACUGGCUGCUUGCAAACCAGUGGAACAGAGGAUGGGGCGAUGAUGGGUACUUCAAGAUCAUAAGGGGCACAAACGAAUGUGGCAUCGAAGAAGAUGUUGUUGCUGGUAUGCCCUCGACGAAGAACAUGGUGAGGAACUAUGAUAGCGCCUUCGGAGUCGGAACGGCCAUAGUUUGACUUUAAUCAAUGUUAAUGGCCUCAAAUACGGUUGGGAUCAUGUAAAUUUGUCCUGGGUGAUUUCUGGAUUUUGCACACACGGGCAGGCUUCUCGAGACUGAUCGGAGUUUAGGCUACUUGUCCAGAAACACAUUGGAAUAAUAUCUGAAUAAUAGAUGUAUUCUCUCUCUCUCUCUCUCUCUCUCUCUCUCUCUCUCUCUACGUCCGGUUAACUACGGGAUGUGACGUAGAGGUGUUAGGGAGGAGCGCACGUUAAUCUCGCUGUAAUCCAAGUUGAGACUUGAAGAAUUAAUGUGUAUGCUGUAAGUCAAAUGAUAUGCGAUCUGUGCGCUGCUUACUAGUA